GGUGAUUUCGAGGGGAGGUUAGCAGCUGGUUUUCUUCCUCUUUUUAAGAUGGGCAGCAUCCAAAUUGCAAGUUUUACUCUUGAAUUAAAGAGAGAUUUUUGGGAGCCCAGCAUAGUAGAUUACCUGCCACGUGUCUCUUUGUGUGAUCCACUGCGUUACUUUGCCUUUUUCUGUUUAACUUCUUCUUGAGACGGGUAAUUCUCCAAUUAGUUUGGCUGUAUUUGGAUCAUUAAACCAUUUCCAGUGCUGCUUAUGUAAUCCCGCCAAGGAGGUUGCUUGUUGCAUCUCUGCAGGAGUUACUGUUCUGGAAUUGCCUCCUGACUACAAGGCAGCUCUGGACUAUAACUUGCCCAAGAGAGUGAAGGGUGGGCUCCAUUGGAACUGGGCAGUCUUUUCAUACCCUAAAUUUGCCUUCCACAACCUGAUUCCCUCCAGGUUGGGAGGGAGAAGUUGGAUCACAGGUCCCAUCAUUCUGGCCAGCUGACCAAGGCAUGCUAGUUGAGGAUGGUGGAAAUUGUGGCAUAGGAAUUUAGGAAACCUGCUUGUAAUAUUUCUGGGCUAAAAAAAACAAUCUGUCAUGUAUCCUCAUUACUAUUCAGCUUGGGGUGCGGGGGGAGCAUACCUCUGCUGCUAAAAGUUUGGGAACUACUGCCCUCUAGUCUUGAGGCAAUUUCUGAGGGAGAUUGUUGGAUGACUCCUCAUUUCAUUCCAGGUGAUAGAAAGAGAACGGUGUUUUCCUAUCAUGUUUCAUGAUGUAGAAGAGGUCCUUAGAAUGUGGGGCAGUCUGUUUUGACUGGAGCAUAGAAUAUGGGCAUGUUUCUGGUGGCUUCCCAGAUGCAUCCUGCAUCUACUCUCAAUAUGCCAUGGUUGUAAAUGCCUUUGAAGAACCUGCCAUUUUAGUGCUUAUAAUUGCCAGUAAUGGAAAUGAGGCAGAAACGGUUGUUCAAAGAAAUUGUAGGGCCUUUACUGAAAAUGCCAUUUGCCAUCUUUCCCUGUAAUCUUACUUUCUGCAACCUGGCAUCCUCCAAUCCAGUCCCCAGUUGUUUGCUGUGAUGGCUGGGAAUUCUGGGAGUUGCGGGUGAGCACAUCUGGAAGGUGCCAGGGUGGGGUCAGACUGCUGUAAUCUUUCUGUAUCAUCACACCAAAUACUUGCCAGGCAUAGCUUUGUUUUGAACCAUUAGAACAGGAAGCUUUCAAAUGCUGUGAGAAUAUUCAGUCUUCUCUUGAUGGGAGAAGCGUUUCAUGUCCCUGGAAGGGUUGCUAUCUGACCAUGAGAUCGUCUUGUCUUGCUUAUGUGAUCAGUGAGUACCAUCUUUUCUUUUUUUCUUUUUUAGUAUUACCCUGUUUUUCUUGGUUUUUUAUAGGUACUUUGUUAUUAAUCAAAGAUAGUAGAAUAAUAGCAUUAGAAGGGGCCAAUAAAGCUACUGAACUUAACUACUGCUACUGGGCUUGAUGUUCCUGCACAUAUCAGCUGGGCAGAAAAAUAAAAUUGCUCACAAGCAGUAAUACAAGACUUCUGACCCGGAAGCACACCAACUGAGACUGGGAAUGCAUGUCAGCAUUUUUUUUAAUGAAAUACCUCUUGUCUGUAUUCUAAUAGCAAACAUGGGGAUCCCCUGUUUAACAGCAGUGCAGCAAAAUGAGUAAAGACAAGCCCUGCACAUCUGGAGGGUACCACAACUCCCACCAUCCCCUUGAGCACAUCAAGAGAGUGCCACAUUGGAGAAGGCUGAUCCUUUUUACGCCUCACCAGACAUUUUUGUCAUAUUCAAGCCCUUCCUGCAAGAUGUUCUGCCUGUCCUAACAGCAGGCAUGUUGCUGCUAACUGGUUAGUCGCAAUAGUAGUCCAGAGGAAUUUUCCUAAGAUGAUGAAAUACCUCCUUUUGGAUGCCCAAUGAGUAUCUCCAGUGAUGAUGUCAGAAACUAAACCAACCAUUGUAUGUCCGUGCCCAUUACAAACUUGUAUAAUGCAAAGGCUGCAAUUCAGCAUCCCAAAAACAUUGUUUUUAAAACUGUCUAGAUGAUUGUCGUCGCUUUGGUUGUGUUCUAUGCGAGCAGAAGCCUUGUCCAAGGUUUGCGGCUGACCCUUGAACAGCACCUUGCCUGUUUGCUGCAGAACUUAGGGGCUGUCAGUAUGGGCAACUCCUGCGUUUGUCGGGAAGACAGUGGCGCCGAAGACAACGCAGAACCCAGGAGUCGCCAGGCAGAGAACAGCCGAGUGCCUGUGCCAGAAACAAGGAGCCAUUUGAGGGAUCCAGUGCGGCCCCCCCGGCGGGGACGGGGGCCCCACGAACCCAGGAGGAAGAAACACAAUGUAGACGGAUUAGUACUGGACACAUUGGCUGUCAUCAGAACACUGGUGGACAAUGAUCAGGAACCUCCUUAUUCAAUGAUGACUUUGCAUGAAAUGGCUGAAACAGAUGAAGGCUGGCUGGAAGUUGUCCAAUCCUUAAUUAGAGUUAUUCCAUUAGAAGAUCCCCUGGGGCCAGCUGUUAUAACUUUACUACUGGAUGAGUGCCCAUUGCCAACAAAAGAUGCGCUGCAGAAGUUGACAGAAAUACUAAGUUUAAAUGGAGCUGUUGCUCGCCAGGAUGCCUGUCAUCCUGCAAAACAUCGGAACACAACCGCAGUACUGGGCUGCUUGGCAGAAAAACUUGCAGGCCCUGCAAGUGUAGGUUUACUCAGCCAAGGAAUCUUGGAGUACUUGCUGCAGAGCUUGGAGUUUCAGUCCCACCCAACAGUAAUGCUUUUUGCACUAAUAGCACUGGAAAAGUUUGCACAAACAAGUGAAAAUAAAAUGACAGUUUCUGAUACGUGCAUCAGUGACCAACUUGUCUUGUUAGAGAAAUGGACUGAUAACCCGGACUACUUAAAACGCCAAGUAGGAUUCUGUGCCCAGUGGAGUUUAGACAAUCUAUUUUUGAAGGAAGGCAGACAGUUUACAUAUGAGAAGGUUGACUUGACUAACAUUAAGGCCAUGUUGAAUAGUAAUGAUGUCAGUGAAUACCUUAAGAUCUCACCGCAUGGGCUGGAGGCUCGAUGCGACGCCUCAUCUUUUGAAAGUGUCCGAUGUACCUUCUGUGUAGAUUCUGGAGUUUGGUAUUAUGAAGUCACGGUCAUUACUUCUGGAGUGAUGCAGAUUGGAUGGGCUACCAAAGACAGCAAGUUUCUCAAUCAUGAAGGUUAUGGUAUCGGGGACGAUGAAUACUCUUGUGCGUAUGAUGGCUGCCGGCAGCUGAUCUGGUAUAAUGCCAGAAGUAAACCACAUUCCCACCCAUGCUGGAAGGAAGGUGACACAGUAGGAUUUUUACUAGACCUUCAAGACAAGAAAAUGAUUUUUUAUUUAAAUGGAAAUCAGCUUCCUGCCGAGAAGCAAGUCUUUUCUUCUGCUGUGUCUGGCUUUUUUGCUGCAGCUAGUUUCAUGUCUUACCAGCAGUGUGAGUUUAACUUUGGAGGAAAACCAUUCAAAUAUCCACCAUCAGCUAAAUUUAGCACCUUUAAUGAUUAUGCCUUCCUGACAGCAGAAGAGAAAAUCAUUUUACCAAGACAUAGGCGCUUGGCCUUGUUAAAGCAAGUGAGCAUCCGAGAAAAUUGCUGCACUCUUUGCUGUGAUGAAAUAGCUGACACAGAACUCAGGCCAUGCGGACACAGUGACCUGUGCAUGGAGUGUGCCUUGCAACUAGAGACCUGUCCUUUGUGUCGCCAAGAAAUACAGACCCGAGUCCGACAGAUCGCUCACAUUUCAUGACAGGUGGAGAACAGCCUCUCACGGACUUGCCUCCGAUCCAUUCCAUGCAGUGCCAGAAGAGAGAAAGGAAACUCAGCCCAAGCAGCGCGUGCACCGAAAGGCCAGCCGUGGCCAGUUUUUGUCGACAAGGACAGUAGAUGGAACCUUGUUAAAUCCAUUGCCUCAGCACUGUGGAGUGCUUCCUUUGGUAGUAACAAAAGCCAAGGGCAAAACUUGGGUUAAUGUUGGCUUGUUCCCAAGCAAGACCUACUGGAGAGUCUCUCUUGAUUUACUCCAUUAUCUCCCUCCACUUCUUUCGCAGCUGUUCCCACUUGGCUAUCACAUACUAUUUUGCACUGGAAACCUGUAAAUUCAUAAUCUCCUCUAAUGGAGGGCAUAUCUGUCUCCCCAAACCUUUAUUUUUGGCAGCCGACAUGCAUCUACCACAAAAUGCCAAUACUUCUUAUCAAUGUAGCUUCCUGCUGGUCAGAAGACCCUCUGUAUUUUUGAACAGUUCACAUGACAAAGACCAUUCAAAGACUUGAAAUAUACAUGAAGAAACUGAUUUGUAAAGAAGGUGUGGAGACUAUAGAAGAAUCCAUUUUUUUUCUUUUGAUAAUUCAGUGAUUCCAAAGAACAUUGAUUCAUUUUUCUUUUUUUAAUUGCAGAAAUUGAUGGUAUUUUCAUUCAUAGUGUUUCUGAUUCCUUCAAUUUCAGUACCUACAUUUUUGUGAACAGAAAACUAAUUUUCAGAAGGAAUUCUUAUAACUGCAGUGCCCGACUGGAGAUAGUUUAAUAUUUUGGGUAUUUUUAAGGUACCAUUUGAUCAUUGCUCUUUUUUUAAAAAAAGAACCUGAGUAUAUCUGUUCUUGCAAGUUCUGUACAUUUUGAAAAUUACUGAGCUAUAGACGUCAAGAUCUGGAAAGAACACAGAGCAAACGUGUUAAUGUUGUUUUCAAAGAAAUACAUGUUUGAAUAGCAAGUCAGCCUAGGUUGGUUAAACUAUUCUCUUCUUAAAGCAGACUCUAACAAACUUAGAUUUUGCUGAGCUCAUUCUUAUAUUCUAAAGGGAGUUGAGUAAGGCAGUCAUACACAGACCUGUUCCAAGUUCCUCAUGGAGUUCUGAAAUAACAGAACUUUUUAAAGUUAUGGAUGCUAGAAUUGAGAAGUGCAUAUUGACUAUUUGGGGUGGUACGCAUACUGUGCUUGCAUUGGAAGUGCAGAGAAGAUGCUGAAUCUGCCUAAAAAACUCAGCUUUAAAAAACAAAUACAAGUUUCUAGCCCUUAUGGCUGUAAAGAUACGCAAGCAUCUGUGGGUAAAGCCUGUUGAAAUCUGAGAUGUCAGAGGCAUGGUUGAGUAAAGGCUCCUGGCCUCUCUCCAGCAUUUCACAAAUCAAGAAAAAUUUACUCAAGACUCCUAGCCCUUCUUCCACAUUCCUCAAGUCAAGAAAAAUUUACACACGUUUAGAGUUCAGAAUUCAGCUUUCCUCAAAACCAUAAUUCUUCAGUGUGCAUGAAGCCUUAUGAUGACCCUGCCCAUUUUCAAUCAAAAAUGUGUACCUCAAGCAUAAAUAUAUUUGUCUAGA